UCACUAAUAAAUAAACAAUAAUACACUCUAAAGACCCACCUUUUCUUUUUCAUUUUGUAAUCUUUAUAUCUCUAUCUUCUUCUUCUUCUAUUUUGUCUUUGUUUGCCACUUCCCUCUUAUCGAUGACGAAGCUGUCAAUGAGAUCACAAUUCCCACCAUUUAUGGACUUCCCAAUUUUACAAAAUCAAUUUCUUUGGACCCCAUGUCAUGAUAUCUGUUUAUAAUUUUGAUAACUCAUUGAAUUCAAUCAGAGAGGUGGCGGGGUUUCUCAUUCUUGAAGAAACUCACGUGAUCUCUAUGCAUUAGCAUCACCCUUACAAGCAAGGGUAGAGAGAGAAAGAGGAGCAAGGACGAUACUGGAGUUCCUGAGAGAGAGAAUGGACGGCGGUGAUCGAGUGGAGAGGCGAAAGUCUCUAAAAGAACUGCUAGGAUUGAAUCAGAUGGGCUGUUGUGGGGCCACGUGGGGUUUCAGAUCACCGUCCAUUAACAUCAGGGACGAGGAGGAGAACGAGGAAGGCCCACCACGGCAGCAAACAGAAGGAGUCGAGAAUAUAGAUGUGGAUCAAACCCAGCCGGAGAACACUUCGGAUCCGGGAUGUGUGGGUCAGACUCCGGCGACUCCGGGGAUGAACUUGGCGACGGCGCUGGCGGCGGAGCGUCACUUCAGGGCGGUCCAAGAUCCGGAGGGAGUAGGUGAAAGCCCAGUGAGGAGUUCCAGUGAAAAUGGGCCCAACAGCGACGUAACUGCAGGAACUGUACCGGGGACACCGUUGAGGGUGUCGUUGAUGAGAUUGCUUGAAGAAUCGGACGGUGUGGAUGGGGAGAGAGAGAAAGAGAAGGAGGAGAAAGGAGGGGGGUGUGAUUCGGUGUGUUGCGUGUGCAUGGGGAGGAAAAAGGGCGCAGCAUUCAUACCAUGUGGGCACACUUUUUGCAGGGUGUGUUCGAGGGAGUUGUGGUUGAAUCGAGGUUCAUGUCCUCUCUGCAACCGUUUGAUUGUCGAGAUUCUCGAUAUAUUUUAGGAUUAGCAUUCCUCGAAAUUCACGAUGAAAAUUUGUAUGGAUUUGACGAUGGAAGUUGAUUGAAAUUUUCUAUAUAUAUAUAUAUAUUUCCUACAAGAAAUUUAACUUCAAUCUAUAUUUUGAUACUCGAUUUACGGAGUAAUAUGAUCCGUGGUGAUAUUCUUGC